CAAUUCUGCCGGCACAACUUUCCCAAGUUUGCUUUGAUUGAACCUCGUCCACCCAAUUUGACCAGCAGUAUUCUCAUAUAUCAAGACCUAAAAAGCUAUUAUUUGGCGUGCUUAUAAUUCUCAUUCUUGGUCAUUAUACCUAUCUCGGCGACAUGGCUUACUAUGAUCAGGAUAGGCAAAAGAAACGUCGGAUUACGAGGGAAGGGGACUAUGUAGAUACUUCCAAGCCAACUGCUUUCUUCAAACCCUCGGCUGGCAGGGAAUGGACCGUGACUGUGGCUGUACCGGGAAGUGUAUUAUCUACGUGUCGUCGUGAUGAUCAACGGACGGGUGUUGUAUCACAUAUUGCCCGCGCGCUGGCCGUAUUUGGGAUAGACGAGAUUGUCAUCUUUGAUGACUCUCCUAUCGAGUCACGUCCUACAAACAUAGAUCCUUCAGGCUACACCGGCGAUGUUGAUCCGUGUGGUUAUCUUGAUCAUCUCUUACAAUAUUUGGAGAUGCCGCCUUUCAUGCGCCGCACUCUACUCCCCUUGCAUCCCAAUCUCAAAGCCGCCGGCCUCAUGGCGAGCCUCGAUAUCCCUUCUCAUCCUCAUCAUACGGAUUGGCUCCCCUACUGUGAGGGUGUCACUACCUCGGGCACGCCAGCAAACGGGUCUGGUACCCUCGUAGAUGUUGGUCGCAAGACUCCCGUCACCAUCAGUCACGACGUCCCGCCCAAGACCCGUAUUACCCUCCAAAUCGAUGAGAACGACUGGUCAAUUGGCGAACCCGUAGACCCAGCUACUCCUAGAACUGAAGGAGGUUACUAUUGGGGCUACAGUGUACGACGGUGCAAAUCGCUCGCCGCCGUGUUUGAAGAGUGCAGCUACGAUGGAGGAUACGAUCUGAGCAUCGGCACAUCGGAACGCGGCUUGCCGAUACCCGAGGCCUUUCCUGAGAAGAAGAAGAAAGACGUAUCUAACUUCAAUCACCUUCUUGUUGUCUUUGGUGGGCCCCGUGGUCUCGAGUAUGCCGCCGAGAAUGACCCAGCAUUGCAAGAUAUGGGUAUUGCGAGGGGGCGCACCAAGGAGUUAUUCGAUCACUGGGUUAACAUAUUGCCGGCUCAGGGAAGCAGAACAAUCAGGACUGAUGAAGCGCUUUUCAUCGGAUUAUCUGGCUUGCGAAGGAUAUGGGAGAUGCGGUGAGGGAAAAAAUGGACUGAACUGAGAUGGGGGCACGAACAUGGGCACACAUGUGCCUAACCGAGGUUAUGUGAAGCCACUUGUUUUAUUGAACCCAGUAACCUUUGGCCUUCCCUUUGCUGCUAGUCUAUGAAUAUACCAAUCCCGUAGUAGUUGGAAAAAGGCCCAAACCGCACAACUAGCUACUAGCGAGAUGAGGAUGAUCUAAUA